UCAUUGGUUGACCUUGAGAUAGGUGUGAUAAGAGGUGUCAGCUGGCAGUGCCACACCAGAGACAUCAGUCAGUCCCCGAGUCUCCGCCAUACCGACCGCCAACAUGCUUGUCCUUCUCGCCCUCGUCUUGCCCUGCGUCCUUGCCCAGUCCAACGACACCAUCAUCGAUGCCCUGAAGGCCAGCUCCCGAGAACAAACACUUGUCGCCCUCAUCCAGCAGGCUGGACUCACAGACGUACUCGCCACAGGAGGGCCAUUCACGAUCUUCGCCCCUGAUGACUCCGCCUUUAAUCGUCUCCCACCAUCGGCUCUCGCCGCGCUGAAGAACGACACCAAUGCCUUGGCAGAGAUUCUUAAAUACCACGUGGUCAGUGGCACAUACAAGAUAGCUGAUCUGAAGGUUAAUGAGAUGAUGAUAGAAACGCUGACCGGAGAUCAACUCAGAAUCAACGACUACUUGUACAAACAUAGAAUCACGAUAGAGGGCGCCUCUAUAACCUUUGCCGACAAGAUCUGCAGCAACGGAGUUAUUCAUCGUGUUAGCCAAGUUCUCAUGCCCCCUAAGGGGAGUAUCGUGGAUGUCCUCCAAGAUGACGGACACUUCAACACACUUAUUGCUGCUGCUCAGGCCGCUGGUCUGGUCGACGCUCUGUCAGAUGGGCCCAUCACCCUCAUGGCGCCUGAGGAUAGUGCUUUUGCACGUCUUGGAAAUGACACCGUUUCUAAACUCCUAGCCAAUCCAGAUAUUCUUGCAGAGAUUCUGAAGUACCACGUGAUCCACGGCAGUCUGUACUCAGCAGGCAUGCAUUCUGAAUACCUAAACACACUUGAGCUCCACGACCGCGAGAGACUCUAUGCCUCGUUCUCAGGAUACACCGUUAUGGUCGACGGAGCCCGCGUCGUACAGAAAGACAUGAGUGCCACAAACGGCGUCGUCCACAAGAUUGAUCACGUCCUCAUUCCUAGUAGCCUUAAGGCAAAAAUUGCUGCACUCUAAAUAUGCUCACUUGUUGAUUAAAACUACCACAUUCUGUGAUCAAAUUAUGAA